CGACGCUCCCUGGAAAUGCGUGUCCGUGCCACCGAUCCGCGUCCCUGCCCCAAAUGCGGCAAGAUCUACCGCUCCGCCCACACACUGCGCACCCAUCUGGAGGACAAGCACACCGUGUGUCCCGGCUAUCGGUGCGUCCUGUGCGGCACAGUGGCCAAAUCCCGCAACUCCUUGCACUCGCACAUGUCGCGCCAGCACCGCGGCAUCUCCACCAAGGAUCUGCCUGUUUUGCCCAUGCCCAGCGCCUUCGAUCCGGACCUGGCCUCUCGUCUCCUGGCCAAGGCGGGCGUCAAGAUCUCGCCGGCGGAGCUGAGGGCCAGAGCCUCGCCCACCGGCGGCAGUGGCAGCGGAGGCAGUGGAGGAGGAGGCGGUGGCGGUUCUGGCAGCGGUCAGUCCAAGUUGGAUCUAAGCAACGCCAGCGGUGGCCCCCUGGACGAUGCCGAGGAUUCGGAUGAGGAUCCGGAGGAUCUGACCACCGGUAAUGGCCUUUAUGGCAUGGGCGGCGGCAGCACUAGUGAUCUGAGUCGCUACCACGAGAGCCUGCUGAGCAACUUUGGGCACGCCAGGAUGCGAAACGAGGCGGCUGCUGCGGCGGCUGCUCUGGGCCAGGGACCCAAGGAUCUGGGCGUCCAGAUGCCCAACAGCAGUGCGGCGGGUCAGUCCCUGCUGGACACCUAUCUGCAGUUCAUCACAGAGAACACUUUCGGAAUGGGCAUGUCCCAGGAGCAGGCAGCUGCUGCCGCUCUGCGCGCCAAGAUGGCCCAGCUGAAUGCCAUGGGUCACAGCCUGGACAGCCUGCCGCCUGGCCUGCUGCCCGGCCAGUUCGAUCUGAGCAAGCUGGCCGCCGGCAAUCCCGCCUUCGGACAAAGCGGACCCGGCCUGACCAUCGAGCCCAUACCCGGCAGCCUCUCGCCAAACGCCCAUCGAGGACCACUGGCCCUCAAUUCGGGCGGCGGCCGGAUGAUGGGUCACGACGAGAUGGGGGAUCACGAGGGCGACAUGAGGCGGGAUGGCUCCGAACCCAUGGAUCUGGGCCUGGACAUCAACCAGUCGGGCAGCAACCAUGAGGUGGCCAACUCGGAUGCCGAGGAGAACUACUCGGAGGACGAGGGAGUGCACAACACAUAGGAGGAGCAGUGGGAACCAUGAAAAUGAACAUGAACAGUUGUAUACCGAUUACCCAUGGAACAUAUGUAACGAGUAGCCUUAUCCUCAUGUAUACCAGUUUAUGUGUACGAUACGAUACGAUACAAUACGAUAGUGAAACCUAGGACUAGUAGAAUUCAAUGUUGUGCUUUUUAAACUACCCAACUAUACUGGUAUAUCUAUGUAUACCCAUGGAUAUAUCCCUAUACACAUAUAUAUAUUUAUAUACACAAGUACCUGCUGUGUAUACAAGUCGAAG